AUGCCCUCGCAGAUCUGUUGCUGUUCAGAAGCAAAUUCACCUAUCAUUCUCACAACUGUUGGUGCAAAGGAGUUUCACUUGAACAAAACUUUGUGGCUCCUCCUCGCUAGUUCUGACUUGUCUGCUCGUCAAUGUCAAUCUAAUCUGGAAUUGUUAAGCUUACGGAAUAUUGAAGUCCGAAGUUUGUCUAAUCGUCUUGUCAUCAGGCUCAAAAUCGAUCAUGUACAUAUGAUGGAAACGAAGAGAACAACAACAUUUAGUUGA